AUGGCACUUCUCGUGGGAAUGUUCUCGCAUGGAAUUGCCGGGAAACAUUAUCCAAGCGAAAAUGAUGAACCGACGUGGCCAAAAGGAUGGUUACCAAUUCCUGUUCACACCAUCGAUAUCAGAUAUGAUUAUGUACUACAAUUAACUGUUUUUGGAUUGGCAAAAGUCACUCUAGAGUUACGACUCUUCCCGUACUUGCACUGUUUGAGAGGAGCGCGCGGUUGGAAAGUAGCACAGACUGCAGUACGCGCCUGCAACAACUAUUCUCUGACAAGGCUGCUAACGACCUCUUUUUCUGUGAGUUGCACAGACGGAAGUUGA